AGCCGUGCCGGGCAGGCAGUGCUGCCCUCCCUCGGUGCGGGAGCAGCGGGACCGAGCCGGGCCGGGCCGGGCCAGGCCGAGCCGAGCCGGGCCGAGCCGGGGUCACCUCUGUGCCUGGUGGGCGCCCGUGGCCCCCCGCCCCCCCGCUGCACCAUGGCGUCCCGCAUCGGCCUGCGGAUGGAGCUGAUGAAGCAGCAGGCGCAGCAGGAGGCCGAGAGGGAGCGCAUGCAGCAGCAGAUGAUGAUGAACUACAUGCAGCAGCAGCGGAUGCCGGUGGCCUCCAGCCCGGCCAUCAACACCCCCGUCCACUACCAGUCCCCGCCGCCCGUGCCCGGAGAGGUCCUCAAGGUGCAGUCCUACCUGGAGAACCCCACCACCUACCACCUGCAGAAGUCGCGGGACAAGAAGGUGCAGGCGUACCUCUCCGAGACCUACGGGAACAAGUUCGCCGCCCACGUCAGCCCCGCCAGCCACUCGCCAAAGCCACCUCCGGCCGCGUCCCCCGGCGUGCGGCCCGGCCACGUCCUGUCCUCCUCGGCGGGCAACAGCGCGCCCAACAGCCCCAUGGCCAUGCUCAACAUCGGCUCCAACCCCGAGAGGGAGGUGAGGAGGGGGCCGCCGGGCUGCUGGGGGGGCACGGGGACCCUCAGCACGGCCUGGAAAGUGACACCGUAUGCCUUUCUCUUGCAGUUCGAUGAGGUCAUCGAUGACAUCAUGCGCCUGGAUGAUGUUUUGGGCUAUAUGAACCCCGAAGUCCACAUGCCCAACACGCUGCCGAUGUCCAGCAGUCACAUGAAUGUGUACAGCGGGGACCCCCAGGUGACCGCCUCGCUCGUCGGCGUCACCAGCAGCUCCUGCCCCGCCGACCUCACCCAGAAGAGAGAGCUGACAGAUGCCGAGAGCCGAGCCCUGGCAAAGGAGCGUCAGAAGAAAGACAAUCACAACCUGAUUGAGAGGCGGCGGAGGUUCAACAUCAACGACCGCAUCAAGGAGCUGGGGAUGCUGAUCCCCAAGGCCAACGACCUGUACGUAUCCCCGGUGGCUGCAGGGCUGGGAUACCCGCGGCUCUCGUGGGCUUGCUCCGCACCGUGCGCGGCCCUGUGGCAGGAGAUCCUUGCAGAGGGGCGUUUUGGGGGAGCAGGUGCAGGCAGCAAUCCUUUCUGUUUUUUUUUUUUUUUCUUUUUUUUCCGUCCUGCACCGCAGGGACGUGCGCUGGAACAAAGGGACAAUCCUGAAGGCUUCGGUGGACUACAUCAAGAGGAUGCAGAAGGACUUGCAGAGGUCGCGGGACCUGGAGAACCACUCCCGGCGGCUGGAGAUGACGAACAAGCAGCUGCUGCUCCGCAUCCAGGAGCUGGAGAUGCAGGCGCGCGUCCACGGGCUGCCCACCUCCUCGCCCUCGGGUGUCAACGUGGCCGAGCUGGCCCAGCAGGUGGUGAAGCAAGAAGCCGGCGGGGACGAGGGGACGCUGGAGCCGCUGCUGCCCCCCCCGGACCCCGAAUCGCAGCCGACGCUGCCUCCACCGCCGCAGUCUCCCUACCACCAGCUGGACUUUACCCACAGCCUGAGCUUCGACGACGGCUCCCGGGGCUUCCCGGAUAGCCUGGAGCCCGGCCACGGCGCUUCCUUCCCUUCGCUCUCCAAGAAGGAGCUGGACUUGAUGCUGAUGCAGGACACCAUGCUGCCCCUGGCCUCCGACCCCUUGUUCUCGGCCAUGUCCCCAGAGGCCUCCAAGGCCAGCAGUCGCCGCAGCAGCUUCAGCAUGGAGGACGCGGACAUGCUGUGACGAGGAGCUGCGCCCGCGCUGGGGGCGAGGACUGGGCCUUCGAGUUUGGUUGCUGAAGUCACGGCGCGCUCUUCCUCCCCUCCCCGGAGGAGGAGCCCGUCCCGCCGAGCACUUGAAUCUACGUAGGAGUACAUUUUCUCUAUGCAACGGGGGGGGCUCGCUUCAAGGCUCGCCGGGUACCGCCACGUCUUUUGCAAGCUUUUUAUUUUAUUUUUAUUUUUUUGCCCGGAGCUGGAGCCGACCUUCUUGGCUUGCCGUGCCAUUGACCUGACUGCAGCUUUCCAAGCCCUCGGCUGCUUUCGCCUUCCAGCAAAACCCUCCCGGACCGCGCUCCUUCCCCGGGGCUCAGAGCGGAGCAAGGAGCCCCCAAGACCCUGGAGGGAGAGGAUGCUCAGAGCUUUUUGCCUUGCUACCCCCUCGCUCCCCCCCAGUCUUCCCGCACGGUGGCCUCACGGAUGCCAUCGGUGGCUGCGCCCCGGUGCCGCCUCCCCGCGGGGGCUUCUCUUUCCCUGCGGGUGCCGGGGAGGCAGGAGCGGUGCUGCCGGGCCCCGCAGCACCGACCUCCUCCUCUAGGUAGCGGGGAGAGCAAAUUAAUUCACGGGGCACGGGAGGGGUCCUGUGAGUUUUGUUGCUUCGGCGUCCUGGGGCUCGUUUGGGCGUGCAGCUCUGCCACAGCUCGUGCAAACCCUCGGGGGGUCUGGCAGCACCCCAAACCCCGUUGUCACCUGGGCACCGGUGACAUCCACCCCGCAGACGUGCCCCUGCCCCAAAAGGCCACACCGCGGCUCCAACGCUGACGUUCUGCCCUGCGUCCCCGGGCACGGCGGCUGUGGCUGGGGAUGGUUUGUGGCGAUUCCCCACGGGGCUCCUUGCUCUUCCCCCCAUCGCCAGCUCGCUCCCCAGCCACAACAGCUCACCCACGGGGCCGUGGGACCUCGGUCAUCAGCGCUGCUGGUGGUAGGAGGGAGCUGGGGACAGGAGGGGGAACUGCUCAAAGCGAAAAUGCUGCACUGACUUGGUGUGAAGCCCAAAGGGGGGUGCGGGGAAAGGCUGGAGAGAGGCGACCCCUUUGCAAAACCCCAUUAGAGCACAGCGUUAGCCCCCCGGGCUGCGGGAGGUUGGAUGAUGGAGACCGUGGGUACACGGCCAGGAGCUUGUGUGGGGACAAGGGUCACGUUGUGCACCGAGGACGGGGAAUGUCGUGGCUGGCGGGGUCAGGACACGAUGGGAAAGCGUGAUGGAGAAGGAGCAACGAGGUGGGAUCACGAGGUGGCACGUGGGAUGGCCCCAACGCCCCCCGGGGAAGCUCCCAUCGGAUGUGGAGGGUGCAGGGAAGUGCGGGGACGAGAGGAGGGAAGGGGCAGAGAGGUGGUGGCGGUGCCGGGCAGGGGCAGGCGAGCAGAGGGGGCGGCCGGGUGGGGUGCACGCCGGCGGGUUUGGGGCCGUUUCACCCCAAAGUCUUCACAGGAGGCCUUGGCGUCCUUCGUGCGCUGCCGUUAGUGCCUGUAAAGAGAAUAAUCCCGGCGGGCGGUGCCCCCGCGCUGCGCUCAGCAUCCCCGCGCACUGCUCCGUGGGGGCGGCUGCUGCGGACACCGGCGGCUGCUUUGGGAUGGCCGCACGCCACCACAAGCCCUGUGGGAUUUACCGUGGCCAUAAAACGGUUACACCAGGCCCUCGUGCUGCUAUAUAGCACGUGGGGGGCUGGCUGGGGCCCCCACCGGUGGUCGUCCGCUGCUCAGCGCCAGACGGGGCAUCCCCCCAGGCCGUGAGUUAGCAGUUGUGGAUUAUUAUUAUUAUUAUUAUUAUUAUUUUUUAAUCUUUUGGGGUUUUUGUUUGUCUUUUUUUUUUUUUUAAUGCACUGUGCUCUGAUUAAAAAAUUUUACUACUGUUUUAUAAAUAAAUGUAUAAAAGAAUGAACUGGAAUGGAAGAAGAAUCAUUAAAAUAUAUUUAUUUACAACA